UUACGCGACUUAGACGUGCCAAGCGAAAUGGCUUUGAAGCAGAAAAAAAUCAACUCUUACGUUGAUAAAACGUUUGGCGUGCAACCGGUUUGGACAUUGGCUCAGUUUAUUGUCAUCCCACAUCGGAAUGCAUUUAUUACCAGCGAAGCAUACUGGUAUAAUUUGGUUGUCCGCUUCACCAUUAUUGCCAUGUACGUUUUUACAUUCGUUGCCUCGCUUCACUACGACUCAACCAUUUUAUCCAAAAAUAAAUCGAUCGUAUUGAAAAUUGGUAACAACUUGAAUAUGUACUGUGGAGCAAUGAUAAUGAUUUGCAGUUGGCUGAUGACACUCAAGUUCCCCAAAUUGGACGAUAUUUUCAAUCAGAUGUCGGCAAUCGAUAGGGAAAUUGUUCAAUUAUUUGGAAACAAUGAGAAAAUUAGGAAGUCAGAACGUAUUCUAUUUCAAUUCGAAUUUACUUGUGUAGCUUCCGCCACCGUUGCGUAUGUUGUAAUUGGUGUUUAUGACAUUUGGAUGUAUCCACCCUGUGGACUGUACAUCAUCUUCGUCGACUAUUUCCCAGUGUCAUAUCCCUAUGUGGUGGCAUCGCUCAUCGUAUUGCAAUUCGUAAGCUUAGUAAAAAUGGUCCAUCUACGCAUCCGUAUAAUAAAUGAAUGUCUGUCGCAUAUAUUGGAUAGUUGUGAGGUGUCAAAUGAAGCAAUGCCAUAUCCUGAAGAGUCUAUCGCCCACGGAUCGGCGUUAAAUUUGCGAAACCGUCGAAUAGCCUUUAUAAUGAAUCAGGAUGGAAACACGAAAAACACGAGAAAAAGUUUAUCAGUUGAAAAUUUGACCGAGAAAAGUCUUCGCAUUCUGUUUGAGUUACAUGAUCGUUUGAUGGAUGCAUCCGAAGCGACCAAUCAAUGUUACUCAACAAAUGGCAUUGUUUUCGUGACCGUUUCAUUCAUUUAUGCAAUGUUCGGCAUAUUUUUUGAAACAAAAGAACUCUUUUAUAACUUUAAGGAUGCAGACAAUCUGUGGAUGAUGGCGGCAUCAUAUAUUCUGUGGGCGACCCAAUACAAUGCAAUUAUUUUUGUGUUGCUAUACGUAUGCGAACUAACCCGAGAUGCCGCCUACGACACAUCGAUGAUUGUGCACAAAAUUCUACAGAAAAAACCAUCAUUUCUCCUACAUUCCGAUAUUUAUUACAACAAAAUGAAAUCGUUUUCGCUUCAUGUGCUGCAUCGCAAGAAGACAUUCAAUUUUAGUGGCCAAGGAUUGUUUGUCUUUGAUUAUACAUUCAUAUUUUCGGCAAUCAGUGCAGGAACAUCGUAUCUCAUCGUUUUACUUCAGUUUGAUAUGUCAUUCGGCCGCGAUAAGAACGUGUGAAAAAUAGCGUAUAGAGCAGAGAUACGCUACUGAAUACGCGCAUUUUGCGUUUUAUUGUGUCUGAUUCAUUUUGGUACAAAAUACGUCAUUUUUUAUUUUUAUGCCGAUUGGCCUACGAUGACGAGCGUACGCGAUACAGCAAAAAA